CGAAUUACGACCGGCGGCAAGCGAACUUGUCAGCGGUUAUCAAGUUUGACAAAUGUCAAAAUUCGUAAACAACGCGAUAUAUCUGUAAGGACGUCGCGACGCGCAGGACUUCGAGACGCAGGAGUCCUUAGGAUUUAGUUUUACGAUUGGACGAACAAACCCCUUAUCCCGACAAAAUGCCGUGUAAAAUGGCACGUUCCCCAAGCGACCGCAAGGUCUUUAUUGGCGAUUUGUCGCGCGACGUUCGCCGCAAGGAAUUGGAAGAUAUUUGUGGCGAGUACGGACGAGUGCGUGACUGCUGGGUGGCGCGGAAUCCACCCGGGUUUGCUUUCGUCGAAUUUGAUGAUCCCCGCGAUGCAGCUGACACCGUUCGGGAGUUAGACGGACGACGUAUUUGCGGGCGCCGAGUUCACGUUAAACUUUACACUGAAAAACUAAACAAUCGAGGCCGGCCGGCCAACACUGACGAAAAAUGCUACGAAUGCAGAAGCAGCGGACACUUUGCGCGCGAAUGCCGCUCUCGUCACAAAAGAUCGCGUCGGGAACGAAGCUAUUCCCGCGACCGAUCGCCCAAUUACCGGCGAGAUCGUUCCCGGUCGAGGUCACGAUCUAGCCCCAGUCGCUACUCCCGCGCAACAAAAAGACGUUACAGCCGUUCGAGAUCGGAUGACAGGGACCACUACAAAUCUAGAGCGAGCAGUGAUCGAUAUCGUCGUCGUGAGACUCCGCCACGCCGUAGAUCACCAUCCAGAUCGCCCCGCUACAGCCGCAGUCGCUACUCCGACCGCAAAUCUUCACCGUCACCAGCAGAAAGACGUCCUGUUCGACCCAGAUCGCCAGAAGAGCGAGAACCCCGGCGGUCCGAGCGCCGUAGCACUGAGCGAAGCCCGCGUAGGGAUUCGUCCCGCAGCAGAUCCUCGUCACGAGGCAGGCGAUCGAGAUCGCCCAGCACUAAACGUCGACGCACGGAAUCUCCGAAUGACGGAAGAGCCCACUCGCCUGAGAAGAAAAGAGGAACGACACCGGCGGGGGGUGACUGGGAUUGAGACGGUUUUUAGGUUAACGUACAUAUUUAGAUGAAGUUUGCACUCUCAUUGCUCGUAAUACCAUUUAUGUAAUGUUAAUAUCCGUUAGGGAUAUUUGCUAUUGGUUAAAUGAAGUAUUUUUAACAUUAA